CAGUUCCGCUGAAUGUCUCGAGCAGAUUCAUUUGUAACAGAACUACAGGUGUUAUUAUUAGUUUCCUUCGACAGACGGAGCAGGUAGAAGUCAGCCAUAGAACCAAAAUAACACAUCACGGAGGUUAUUGUAGAAAGUGCUGACGGAAGGUAGUUUGAUCUGUAGAGUCGGUAGCUUCACGCCAAGGAAGAAUAAUAUUAGAGCUCUUAAAGAAGUUAACGUUCAGAGGAGCCAUGAUGAAUUGACUGUCAGCGUUCUGUCGACUUCAGGAGGCUCAACAGAAACCAUGCUUCAGUUUUUGGGACUACGGAAGGACGCCAAGAAGUCAACAUCUGACAAGGAAGCGGAUGGAGGCUUCGUCAUUGUUGGAGAGACGACUGACGAACGAAGCCAGAGGGUUAGGACCGUAAACACUGGACAGCCCUCAACAAAUGUCAUAGUCCAGCCAUCAAAGUUCCCCUAUCCAGCUCCAUCUCAAACAGCUGAUGCAAAUCCACCUCCAGCUUUACUUGAUGUGGGACCAGCAGGCGGCCUUCAGUCUGUGGAAGUCACUUCAGCGCUGCCGGAUCUUCUCGGAGACGUCCCCUUCACAUUAGCCCCUCAUGUCCUGGCCAUGCAGGCCGGGUCCAGCAUGGUCCCAGAUGUCCUGCUGUCCAGAGACGUAAACUACAACCUGGCUAGUUUCCAGUAUGACUUCACCUUAGAAAAUUCUGUGCUACACAACAGUUAGUCUGUUUGGGUUUUGACAUCAUUAGGAGCUCCCACUCUAGAGAAGUGGGCCCAUUGGCUGAUUUUGAUAGUUCACAAUUAAACUAAUCUAAAAGGAAACUGAUUAAACAGCUGCAGAGAACCGUAUAGCUUUACCAUUCUCUAGUUGGCUCCUUUUUUUCUUCUUUUUUAAUCUGAAAUAGGAAAUAAUUGAUUCAGAUUUCACACAAUGUUACUGGAGAGAAGCCCAGUUUCUUUCAAAAGUUAAGUUACCUGGUAGCUCAGUGAAGAAUAAUUUAUCAUUUGGUCCUAUUGUUAAGACACAUCACCACCACUUUGUACAGCAUACAUCAGUGCUACUGUUGGUCAUUUGUUCCAGGAAAAGUCCCAUUUAAUCCUCCUUUGGCUCCAGGUUUUUGUCUGAUAAAAGAUUUGACCCCGACUCAUGUUUAGCAGUAUGACAGUCUGAUUAUUGGUCCUGUUGUUACCAACAUCCUUGUCAGGACAAGUUACAGGAAAUGUUACAAGAAAUGAGUUCAAGGUAGUGUUUGCAUGUAGGUUAAUUUUUAAGAAUCAGAUGAAUAAUAUUGAUGUGAAAGCUUUACUAAUCUUAUAAUACCUUCUACAUCUGUCACUUUGAAAUGCUGUAAACAAACGGCUCAGAAUCAGCCUUUUGUCCACAUCUUUGAACUGUGGUAGCAAAACUAUAUCAGAGCUUAGCUGCAGUUAGACUCGCUUCAAAAUAAUCGCUAUUAUUGAUGUUUCAAAAUUUAUUUUUAAGUAGAUACAUUUACCUAGGUAACAGGUAAACGUAUCUAAUGUAUAAACUGAAAAAACAAACAAAUGUAUAAAUGGUUAUAUAUUGAAAAAAUGAGUAAAAAUCCUGUCAAACAAAUCACUGGUAACAAAAACCUUACAUUUACAGUGACAAACGUAGCAAAAUGAAGGUUUGUUUUCCACUGAUUACUGUCUUCACCCCUUUUUAUUGCUCUCAAUCAACAUUUUUUCCUUCUAUUCCAUAAUUUUCCAUAAUUUAGAGGCUCUUGCAAGUUUGUCUGUGUAUUUUUCUAGUGUAUUUUUAUGGCCUGCCUAUUUUUAAUAGAGGCGAAUCAAAUGCACAUGCUAUUAGUUCAGAUUUUAUUUAGGAGGCAUGUGUUUUAUCCCUGCAAAAGCUGCGAUUCAUGGCAGGAUGGAGUGGAGGCCCACAGUGGAACUGUGGAACAAUAUCAUGAUUUGAUCCCGCCUCACAUCUCAGCACUUUUAACUUCAAGGUUCUUCUGCUUAAACUAUUUUUUGAGAUCCUUUUAAUUGCUAGGUAAUUUCAUUUAAAGCAAAAAUGCACUAUAAAACUCUUUUGGUCUUCCUCUUUGUAAUGUUAUUCGCAAAUGGAAAACAAUAGGGGAAGCAAAUGUGCAAUACAUAAAAAUGAGGUGAAUCUGUUUACCGGCUUUAAUAGCAGUUGUGGCUAAUUUACCAUAAGAAGUAAAUGACAUGGCUAAUAACCUGCUUAAAUGUGCGGUUUUUCCAAUGCAUUGUUGGCACCAAGUGUUUGUUUGUGUCGGUUUCUACCUGAGUAUUCACACUUGUUUGAAUCAAUCAUGAAUUUCAAGGUACAUGCUAAAAUACCAAUCUUGUGUUCCUCAGUUGGUAACACUGUAGAUGUAAUGAUAAUGUAUUUUUUUUCUUUGCCUUUGUUGUGUUUAGUGCUGUUUUCUAGUUAAUGUUCUACGUUUAGCCAUCAUUACCAUGCUUCUUUUUUUUAAUUGCUCCUCUACCACUUGUGCCUUUAUCAUACAGACCACCCAAUAAAGUCUUUUUCAUGUAUAAA